UGCCAUCCACCAAGACUUAAAAUGACUGCUGUUCAUACAGGCAACAUAAACUUCAAAUGGGACCCCAAAAGUCUAGAGAUCAGGACUUUGGCAGUUGAAAGACUAUUGGAGCCUCUUGUUACACAGGUUACAACUCUGGUAAACACCAACAGUAAGGGACCCUCUAAUAAAAAGAGAGGUCGUUCUAAGAAGGCCCACGUUUUGGCUGCAUCUGUUGAACAAGCAACUGAGAAUUUCUUGGAGAAGGGGGAUAAAAUUGCAAAGGAGAGUCAGUUUCUCAAGGAGGAGCUUGUGGCUGCUGUAGAAGAUGUUCGAAAGCAAGGAGAUUUGAUGAAGAGUGCUGCAGGAGAGUUUGCAGAUGAUCCCUGCUCUUCUGUGAAGCGAGGCAAUAUGGUUCGGGCAGCUCGAGCUUUGCUCUCUGCUGUUACCCGGCUGCUGAUUUUGGCUGAUAUGGCAGAUGUCUACAAACUACUAGUUCAGCUGAAAGUUGUAGAAGAUGGUAUCUUGAAACUGAGGAAUGCUGGCAAUGAACAAGACUUAGGAAUACAGUAUAAAGCCCUGAAACCUGAAGUAGAUAAGCUGAACAUUAUGGCAGCUAAAAGACAACAGGAACUGAAAGAUGUGGGCCAUCGUGAUCAGAUGGCCGCAGCUAGAGGAAUCCUGCAGAAAAAUGUUCCGAUCCUGUAUACUGCAUCCCAGGCAUGCCUACAACAUCCGGAUGUCGCAGCCUAUAAGGCCAACCGGGAUUUGAUAUACAAACAGCUUCAACAGGCAGUCACAGGCAUCUCCAAUGCAGCCCAAUCUACCGCAUCAGAUGAUGCCUCCCAGCAUCAGGGUGGAGGAGGAGGAGAAUUGGCAUAUGCUCUCAAUAACUUUGAUAAACAAAUCAUAGUGGACCCCUUGAGCUUCAGUGAAGAGCGCUUUAGGCCUUCCUUGGAGGAGCGCCUGGAAAGCAUCAUUAGCGGAGCUGCCCUGAUGGCUGACUCGUCCUGUACACGUGAUGACCGUCGUGAGCGGAUUGUGGCAGAAUGCAAUGCUGUCCGCCAGGCCCUGCAGGACUUGCUCUCAGAGUAUAUGGGCAAUGCUGGACGUAAAGAAAGAAGUGAUGCACUCAAUUCUGCAAUCGAUAAAAUGACCAAGAAGACCAGGGACUUGCGUAGACAGCUCCGCAAAGCUGUCAUGGACCACGUUUCAGAUUCUUUCCUGGAAACCAACGUUCCACUUUUAGUAUUGAUUGAAGCUGCAAAGAAUGGAAAUGAGAAAGAAGUUAAGGAGUAUGCCCAAGUUUUUCGUGAACAUGCCAACAAAUUGAUUGAGGUUGCCAACUUGGCCUGUUCCAUCUCAAACAAUGAAGAAGGAGUAAAGCUUGUUCGAAUGUCUGCAAGCCAGUUAGAAGCCCUCUGUCCUCAGGUUAUUAAUGCUGCAUUGGCUUUAGCAGCAAAACCACAGAGUAAACUGGCCCAAGAGAACAUGGAUCUUUUUAAAGAACAAUGGGAAAAACAAGUCCGUGUUCUCACAGAUGCUGUUGAUGACAUUACUUCUAUUGAUGACUUCUUGGCUGUUUCAGAGAAUCACAUUUUGGAAGAUGUGAACAAAUGUGUCAUUGCUCUCCAAGAGAAAGAUGUGGAUGGUCUGGACCGCACAGCUGGUGCAAUUCGAGGUCGGGCAGCCCGAGUCAUUCAUGUAGUCACCUCAGAGAUGGACAACUAUGAGCCAGGAGUCUACACAGAGAAAGUUCUGGAAGCCACCAAGCUGCUCUCCAAUACAGUCAUGCCUCGUUUCACAGAGCAAGUGGAAGCAGCUGUAGAAGCCCUCAGCUCAGACCCUGCUCAGCCCAUGGAUGAGAAUGAGUUUAUUGAUGCCUCUCGCCUGGUUUAUGAUGGUAUCCGGGAUAUCAGGAAAGCAGUACUGAUGAUAAGGACCCCUGAGGAGUUGGAUGACUCUGACUUUGAGACAGAAGAUUUUGAUGUCAGAAGCAGGACGAGCGUCCAGACAGAAGAUGACCAGCUGAUAGCUGGCCAAAGUGCACGGGCAAUCAUGGCUCAGCUUCCCCAGGAGCAAAAAGCAAAGAUUGCGGAACAGGUGGCCAGUUUCCAGGAAGAAAAAAGCAAGCUGGAUGCAGAAGUGUCUAAAUGGGAUGACAGUGGCAACGACAUCAUCGUGCUGGCCAAGCAGAUGUGUAUGAUUAUGAUGGAGAUGACCGACUUUACCCGAGGUAAAGGACCACUCAAAAAUACAUCAGAUGUGAUUAGUGCUGCCAAGAAAAUUGCUGAGGCAGGAUCCAGGAUGGAUAAACUUGGCCGAACCAUCGCAGAUCACUGUCCAGACUCAGCCUGCAAGCAGGACCUGCUGGCCUACCUGCAACGUAUUGCCCUCUACUGCCACCAGCUCAACAUCUGCAGCAAAGUCAAGGCUGAGGUCCAGAACCUUGGUGGAGAGCUUGUUGUCUCUGGGGUGGACAGUGCCAUGUCCCUGAUCCAGGCAGCCAAGAACUUGAUGAAUGCUGUGGUGCAGACAGUGAAGGCAUCCUAUGUAGCCUCCACCAAAUACCAAAAGUCCCAGGGCAUGGCUUCCCUCAACCUUCCUGCUGUGUCCUGGAAGAUGAAGGCACCUGAGAAGAAGCCCUUGGUGAAGAGAGAGAAGCAGGAUGAGACACAGACCAAGAUUAAGCGGGCAUCUCAGAAGAAGCAUGUGAACCCUGUGCAGGCCCUCAGUGAGUUCAAAGCCAUGGACAGCAUCUAAUUCUGCCUUAACCACCUGCCCCCACCCGUGGGGGCUCUUAAAGAUCAAUCACCGUUCUUCACUCAAGUAUACUUGCUAAGUAGAGAACACUUACAUAGGAAGAUUUUGAAACCAGCCAGGUGGUGAAUUUUGCCAGGAUAUGUUUAAAUUGGUCAAAAAAUGCUUUUAGAUUCAGGAGCAUAUUUCUAGCUGUAUUUUUAUAAGCUUAAAUAAAAAUUCCAUAACCAAAGCAAAUCCCACAUUAACUUGUUAGUAAUAAUCAGAUUGGAAUACCCAUUCUCUCAGCAAAGAGAGUGGACUCAACUGUGGAGGAGGAAUGUCCCAGAAAGGUCUUGCAAGGGAUAAAAACAUAUCAUGAAAAACAAAACACACAAAAAAACUUGAUUAUUUUUUAUGAAAUAAGAAUUAUAAUGCAUGGCUACAAUUACUAAUGCACCCUGCUGCAGAACAUUAAUAAUAAUGUUGCUUUUUUCAGGCUGGGAUGUUGGGAUGCCAUAAUUUGAACAUGCUUUUUUCUCCCCAGCUGCAUAGGCAAAGUCAUCAUUGGGCUCACUUCUAAUAAUUGCAGUGUUUCCUGCCUUAGGCUUGCAAUAGAAGCCUGACAGAAUGAAUAGUGUUUGCUUAGGCCAUAAUUUAGAUUUUACCUUAUUUGUGAUUACUACAUUGAUUACUAUAGCUACAAGGUAUACUUUUACUGUCUUAUUUAAAUUUUAUUAAUUUGAAUGUUUUUUACACUAGCUUUUCCCAAUAAAGUCCACUAUGAAACCAAAUAUAA